ACUUUAUUUCCCUUUAAAAAAAAAUCCUCCAAAGCCUUAGUAAACUGAUCAGGUUUUAAACAUCAGGUUUUCCCUACACCCACUAUUAAAUUUACACAAUUUUUUUUCUGCCUCGCAAAAUUAGCUGAAAUUGAAGGCCUCAUCAUCUUAAUUGGUUGCUUGGCAACACAGCACAUAACAAAAUUACCACAUUUGUGCGCAGAGAUCCUUUGUUGCAUACUUGCAUUAAUUGAACGAAGCCAGCAUUCACUUCAUUGUAUUGAGUGUUUGAAAAAUUGGCGUCGCAUAAAUUUUGAGACGGAACAGAACUUUACUACAGAGCCCACAUCAGCAUAUGCAGGACUAGUGCAUUUUAAUAGAGUGUUUUAUGAUUUGCUUUGCCAGGAUUACUAACUUUUGAGUUGUCCACAUUAAUGUACAUGCGCCAGUGAGCAGAUACAGUAAUAUGCAUUCUUCAGUUUUCGUUGUCUUUGCAACGAGUUGUUUUGUCGUUCAAGUUGCAGCCCGGUGCCGGUCUCUGGCACCCGGCUGCCCGGCGCCCUGGCGCCAAUGGGGCAACUCUUGCUACUCCUUGACGGAAUCCCUGGUCAAGUGGGACAAGGCAAGAGAUGCCUGCGGCAACAUGGGCGGCGUUCUUGCUGUGCCGCGCUCCCUGCAAGAAAACGACUUCAUUCAAACAUUCAUAGCCGCCAGCUUGAAUGUGUGGAUCGACUGCAAUGACAUAACGACCGAGGGAAGAUGGGAGUGCCAGGAAAACGGAGUGGAAGUCAACUUCAGAAAAUGGGACCAAGAUCAACCCGAAACAGGCAUGACAGGUGACGGUGAAGAUUGCGCCGUUAUUCGUAGCGCUUCUUCUGGACACCAAGGAUGGCAUGAUUACCCUUGUGAUGAUAAUUUCAAGGCAGUCUGCAAGAAACUUUUUUAAAAACCUCCGCCAUGCUUGACAUUUUCAGUGACAUGAAGUGCGUUUACGGAUGCCAGAACUCCAAAAAAUGCUCAAGACUCAACGGGGGAGGAAUCGCAGAAGUACAUGUACCCUUUUUAGGUGGCUGUGACAAUCGUUAUGCCAACAUUUGCUUUGACAUUGUGGCUAGAACAAAAUGUACGGAAGAGAAGAGAGUAUGUAGUUCUGGAACUGUGAAUUUUGUCGUGCGGUGGAACAGUAGCAUACUUAGUAAAUCAGCUUGCACCAUUGUAGUUUUGUUGUUUUAACGUUUCCCGUUUUAACAAAAUUGACCCACUUAAGAGGCUGUUUUGGUGGUGUGGGCUGCUGGCAAAAGAGAAAAUUAAGCCAACAUGCCCAUCUUAAUGUCAUCCUAUACCGACAGUCAACCUACCGUACGGAUUGGAAGGAA